CCAGCCUGUGUUUCUCCCAGCGUGCCAGAAGAGGGAUCCCCAUCCCCGCCCGCCGCUUCCCUGCCCGCGCCCCCGGGGGCAGCGGCGGGGCCCGGCAGCCCGGGAGCAGCCGCCAUGGCCCGGCCUUGGCCAGAGCCGCCCUCCCGCUUCCCUCCGUCGCCGAGACCUUCCCGCCUUCCUCCGCCAGCGAGGACCAGGAUGACCUGCAUUGCCAGGACACGGACUCGGAUGUGCCGGAGCAGCGGGAUGGCAGGUGCAAAGUCAAGUGGACACAAGAAGAGGAUGAGCAGCUGAAGAUGUUAGUAAGACAUUACGGGCAGAAUGACUGGAAGUUCCUGGCCAGUCACUUUCCUAACCGCAGUGAUCAGCAGUGUCAGUACCGCUGGCUGAGGGUGUUGAAUCCAGACUUGGUUAAAGGCCCAUGGACCAAAGAGGAGGACCAAAAGGUAAUUGAACUGGUUAAAAAAUAUGGCACCAAACAAUGGACCCUGAUAGCCAAGCACCUGAAAGGACGCUUAGGGAAGCAGUGCCGGGAGCGCUGGCACAACCAUCUGAACCCUGAGGUGAAGAAGUCCUCGUGGACAGAGGAGGAGGAUCGGAUCAUUUUUGAGGCCCACAAGGUCCUGGGGAAUCGUUGGGCGGAGAUUGCCAAGCUGCUGCCUGGGAGGACUGACAAUGCUGUGAAGAAUCACUGGAACUCGACCAUCAAACGCAAGGUGGACACAGGAGGCUUCCUCAAUGAAACUAAGGAGUCCAAGUCACUCUACUUGCUUGUGGAGGUGGAUGACAAGGAGAGCCAAAGUCAGACGGGAGUUGAGAGCCAGAACACCCUGCCAAAUGGCCCAGUCGAUACCUCUGAAAUUAAGGAAGAGGAUGUCAGUGAUGAGGAGGUGACAGGAGUGCAGGAGCUCCCUUCAGAGCUGCCAGCUGCUGAGCUGGUGGAGCAAAAUGCUGAGGGGACCCCAGAGGAUGCUGUGCCUGAGGAUGCUUCUUCCUUUAUCACAUCACCCUACAAAUGGGUUGUUGAAGCUACCAACUACUUGUACCCAACAUCCGUGCCAGCCUUCAAUGAAGCUCUGGAGAUGAUUGAAUCGGACCCAGACGGGUGGUGUGACCUGACCCAGUUUGACCUGCCUGAGGAGCCCUCCGCUGGCAGCAGCAGUAGCAGCAACAGCCCCGUGAGGGAAACCCCCAGCAAACCAGCGCCCUCCCUGCCCAACGUGACCGAGUACCGCCUGGAUGGCCACACCAUCUCCGACCUGAGCAAGAGCAGCAAGGGGGAGCUCAUCCCCAUCUCCCCACACGCAGAGGUGAGCUUUGGCACACCACCCUCUGUGCUGAAGAGGCAGAAGAAGAGGAAGAUCUCCCUCUCCCCUGUCACGGAGAAUGCCACCAGCACCAGCCUUUCCUUCCUUGACUCCUGCAACAGCAUGACACCCAAGAGCACCCCUGUCAAGACACUGCCCUUCUCUCCAUCUCAGUUCCUAAACUUUUGGACCAAACAGGAUACACUAGAACUGGAGAACCCCUCUCUGACCUCCACACCUGUGUGCAGUCAGAAGGUGAUUGUCACCACCCCGCUGCACAGGGACAAGACCCCUUUGCUUCAGAAGAACUCAGCCUUUGUCACACCAGAUCAGAAGUAUGUGGUGGACAACACUCCUCACACUCCCACACCUUUCAAAAAUGCCUUGGAGAAAUAUGGACCAAUUAGACCUCUGCCACAGACUCCUCACCUUGAAGAAGACUUGAAAGAAGUGCUCCGAAGUGAAGCUGGCAUUGAACUCAUCAUAGAGGAUGAUGUGAAGCCUGAGAAACAGAAGGGGAAACAAGGGUUGCGCAGGAGUCCCAUCAAGAAGGUCCGGAAGUCUCUGGCCCUGGACAUUGUGGAUGAAGACAUGACUCAGAAUGCACCUGCCCUCCCCAAGACUGUCUGUUUCAAAAGAGCCCAGCCUGUGAAUUUCCUGUCGAGGUCCCUGAAUCUUUCCUCCUCGAGCAGGAAGAACGACAGUGGUUUGCUCAACAGGGCCUUCGUGCAAGUGCAGCCAGAGAAAAUGUCCUACAGGAAAAUGCCGAGCCAUUUCAGACCACCAGCACCGAUGACCAGGGCUUGGAAAGUGGUGGCCUGUGGUGGAACCAGAGACCAAAUCUUAAUGCAGGAAAAAGCUCGACAGUUUUUGGACGUGUUGAAACAGAGUCACACAUCAAGGACCUUAAUUUUAUCAUGAAGGAUUGUUCUGCAUUUUUUAUUUUAUUUUUAAUUUUUUUUUUAAUAAGGGGAGGGGGAACCACAGGAAAAAAUACCCUCUGCCAGGCCUAUAGAGUGUGGGGGUGAAUUUUGUUCCUUCAGUUCCCAGGUAGAUCUAUAUUGUAAUAAAUGGGGCUAACUGCUGGCUAAUGUGUGGAAUGCAACUUAUGGGAUCCUUAUGGAAAGGCAAAUGAGGGAGGGUUGGAGAGCCAACAGCAAGACCUCUCUCUGCAAGACCUGGGUUCUGCAGAACCAGAAUGAAGCAGCCAUGUUCCACCUUGGAUGGUGCAGUGGAUAGUGGAGACCGGCCUCGCUGCCUGCCCGGACUUCCUGCUGGCUGCUCUGGUACCUCGGGAGCAGCUUUUACAAAGGUUCCUGUCUGUUUUUACUUCAACCCUUCCAGCUCUCCUCUGGGGAUGGAGUGGCUCUAGGAGGAGGGAGGGUGUUGUACACUCGGGGGGGACGUGCUUUGGGGUGACUUUGUCCCUUUGCUGCCCACGGGCUGUUCUGCACUGCCUUGCUGCGUGGGGAGCGGUGGGUGCCUCUCCUGGGGCUGUGCUCCCUCUUCAAAUAAACCAUGGUGCUAACAUCA